CCGCUGCCAAUCCCGGCUCCUUCCCCAGCGCCUCAUUUCCGACUUUUUCACAUGCUAAGUCUUUUAACAACUCCGAGCAGCUUGUUACGUUUUCUAUAUUUAUAGGUUCCCUGUUACUUUACGUCGUUUUUAUUUCUCUCGGCAACUAUUCUAAUAGAUUAUUCAAUGGCCAUUUUCUGACCUUCGGGAUCCCCAGCUGAUGUUGGACGCACGGGGGAAAAAAAAUGUAUAUAUAUAUAUAAACACUCCCACAGCUAGCCGGGAAAGCAAAGGCUGGGGCCCGGGUUGUUUGGCUUUGGGGGCAGGGGAGCGCGUGCAAUCAGUGGGUGUUGCCGCCGAAUAAGCACUGAAGCAGGAGGGUUGGGGGUCUUAAGUCCAAUUAGCAAAACGGAGCCGGAUGCGCAUCUCUUACUCUUUAGAGCUAAAAAGAAUAAAAACACAAAGAAAAAACAGAUACUACCAAGCUCUGUCGCCCAGUCCCUUCCUAAGGAGUGUUGGCAAAGGGGACAGGGGAAAGGCAGAAAUGCAGCCGGGUCCGCCUGACGCUCACAGGCCCACGCCCUCGCUUGCUCACACCCAUCCUUCCGCACUGACACCCACAGGCUCCCUCAACCCCAGCGCAGAGCUCCAGCCUAGGCUGGGGUCCCGGGGCAGGCCAGGGCGCCCUCGGGGGUCCACGGGACGCUGGCGCACGGUGCGGCGCUGAGUUGAGCGUCCCUCAUCCCUUUGUUGACAAUUCCCUGAACCAACUUGAGUUUGGCCGGCACCGCAGCGGCCCUGACGUCACGCGCGGUCACGUGGCCCCGCCUCCCACUGGAUCUUUAAGUAGAAAGUAAUCUAUCAGGCCAGUCCUUAAAACGGGACUUUCGACUACGGGGGCUUCGGCGUCCCUGACACCCCCUCCCUCGUUGCCCCUGCCCGCGCCCUCCCGAGCUGCUUGGUGCCCGGCGUCCCGCGCCCACCCGCCUGUACCGCUCCUUCUCCCCACGCCCGGGCCAGAGGCCGAGGAAGGCGGGCGAAGUAAGGGGGCGCGGCGUGAAGAAGCAGCCGGGGCCGGCAGCAGCAGCAAGCGCCUAGUACCGAGCGCCAGGGACAGCAGGAGUUUGCGGAGCGCGCCCGCGGGGGGCGGCCCGCAGCGCCCGCGCCGCGCAAUGCUGCGCCGCCAAGAGUGAGCCAAACCGGGAGGGCCCCGAACCACCUAGGUCCCCCUCCCCUCUCCCAGACCCCCGUCUUUCGGGGCGCCCAAAUCCCCUUCCCCUGAUCUCAACGGCAGCCCCUGACGACCCCCAUCGCCUGCCGCUCCUUCUCCUCCGCUGCCACCAACCCCGAGGAGGGAUGACCCUCUCCGGUGGCGGCAGCGCCAGCGACAUGUCCGGCCAGACGGUGCUGACGGCCGAGGACGUGGACAUCGAUGUGGUGGGUGAGGGCGACGACGGGCUGGAGGAGAAGGAGAGCGACGCGGGCUGCGAUAGCCCCGCGGGGCCGCCGGAGCUGCGCCUGGACGAGGCGGACGAGAGCCCGCAGAAGAAGCUGACCCUGAGCGGCAUCUGCGAGUUCAUCAGCAACCGCUUCCCCUACUACCGGGAGAAGUUCCCCGCCUGGCAGAAUAGCAUCCGCCACAACCUCUCGCUGAACGACUGCUUCGUUAAAAUCCCCCGCGAACCGGGCAACCCGGGCAAGGGCAACUACUGGACCCUGGACCCGCAGUCCGAGGACAUGUUCGACAACGGCAGCUUCCUGCGGCGCCGGAAACGCUUCAAGCGCCACCAGCAGGAGCACCUGCGCGAGCAGACGGCGCUCAUGAUGCAGAGCUUCGGCGCCUAUAGCCUGGCGGCUGCGGCGGGCGCUGCGGGGCCCUACGGCCGCCCCUAUGGCCUGCACCCCGCGGCCGCGGCCGGCGCCUACUCGCACCCAGCAGCCGCGGCUGCGGCGGCAGCAGCGGCGGCGCUCCAGUACCCGUACGCGCUGCCACCCGUGGCACCUGUGCUGCCGCCAGCGGUGCCGCUGCUGCCCUCGGGCGAGCUGGGCCGCAAAGCGGCCGCCUUCAGCUCGCAGCUCGGCCCCGGCCUGCAGCUGCAGCUUAACAGCCUGGGUGCCGCCGCCGCCGCCGCCGCGGGCACGGCGGGCGCUGCGGGCACCACGGCGUCGCUCAUCAAGUCCGAGCCCAGCGCGCGGCCGUCGUUCAGCAUCGAGAACAUCAUCGGCGGUGGCCCCGCGGCGCCCGGGAGCUCAGCAGUGGGCUCUGGGGGCGGCGGGGUAACUGGGGGCACCGGGGGCGGCGGCGGCGGCACGGCGCAGUCCUUCCUGCGGCCGCCCGGGACCGUGCAGUCGGCGGCGCUCAUGGCCUCGCACCAGCCGCUGUCAUUGAGCCGGACGACGGCCACCAUCGCGCCUAUCCUAAGCGUUCCGCUCUCUGGACAGUUCCUGCAGCCCGCAGCUUCGGCCGCCGCGGCUGCCGCCGCCGCAGCGCAAGCCAAGUGGCCUGCUCAAUAGGGACGCGCCGGUGGCCGGGUCGCAGGGCCCGGCAGCGGCCCGGGGAGGCGGCUGCACUUCAUGCUGCGCGCCCCGCCCCGGUCCCCCUGCCCAAUCCCGGACUCUGACUAUCCUCCAUUUCCUCCCCCUCCCCGACCCUCAACACCGACCUUCGUCGGCCUCCACCCUCUCGCUCACACCUAGGCUGGCGGCGCGAACUCUCACCGCGAGCCCGCCGGGAUUAGCUUUCCCUACAGGUAAAACCGAAAACUGAAUAUUCCAAAAAUGUGCCCCGACGGCGCCUGCUCUCAGGCGUGGGGAUGGGAGGAAAAUUAUUUGUACAUAUUUGUAUAAAAAUUAUUGACUUUCCUUUUGGGGUUUUUAUUUUUUUAAGAAAAAACUAAUUCAGUAGAUUAGAGCUCUGAACUUUCAUUUUUUUGAAGGUUCACUCUCCGCAGUUUUAUGUGAGAAAAAAAAUGUAUAGAGACGUUGGGAGAUUUUAAAUAUAAAAAAAUUUUCAAAAGGCGAAAAGUGUCAUUCUAUUAUAAAAGUCUGUUUAUAUGGAUGAAUAUAUAUGGUAUUCUAAAUGUUAUUCCAUCGUGUUGUACACAACUUUGUAAAUAAAUUUUUUAAAUGUCACCCUAAUUUUUAUUUAGCUGUCUGAGGCAAAUGACAAGAUUUAAAAUGAGGCAAAUGACAAGAUUUAAAAAUGGUAUUUGCAUUUAUCUUUUACAGAAAUUUGAGUUUUAAGUAAUGACCUUUUCAAAUUUAGCUAAUUCGUAAUCUGAGUCUAAGAUAAAUUUAAUUGGAGGAAGGAAAGUAUAUGCCUAAUUUAAAUCACAUUAAUAUAUUUAUUUUAACUUUUUACAUAAAAUCGGGACGUGGGCCAUGGUAUUGUUCGAUCAAUCCAUUUAAUGUAACGACCAGAUAUUUAUGUAAAUAAAAUAAGCUGCCAUUAGAACAAACAAAAACCCUCUAAGUCUAAACAACAACACAAUCUAUUAUUUUUACAAAAAAUACCAAAUUUCUGUCUUCCACAAUGAAAUCUUCCUUAAUGAGAGUUCUUAGUCAUAUCAGUUAACCUUGGGAAAGAAUAUAAAUUCCAAACAUAUUCCUCAUUUUAGCAUUUAAAUCUUAGGUUUUUGAAAUGGUUUAUUUUCAUUCCCUAAAUCGAAGUGGUAAAUAAGCCCAGCUGG